CACGCCGCGCGAGAGAGAGAGACUCACCGAGGCGCAGGGGCUGGAGGUGGCGCUGGGGGUAGGCGAGCGCUGCACCGUCACCAGAGCCAUCGGGGCGCGGCGGGGCCUCCCCGGCCGGCCUGCCGGGAGCCUUCACUCCAUGGCGCGGGGGAGUCCCGAAUUCCUCUGCCUCCCAGUGGACAGAUGUGGGAACAAUAUCACCACCCAGUGCAGCUGGCACGGAAGCUGCUCUCAGCAAGUGGAAACCUUGAACUUUAGAAAACAAACGAGCGAAAAAGAAAAACAAUCCCCGAGGAGACCCUCUGCCGCCCAGUGACGUCAUUGCAGCGAAGAGACGCUCCCGUGCCCCCCUCCCCAGCUGCCCAAGAUGAGGGGUGACCUGAGUGAUCAAUGGAGCCCAGCAGCCCCUGGGGUGGUUGCUUAGCAACGUCAAACACAUACAGAGGAGUCAAGUUCGGCAGCCUGCCUCCCCCAGCAAGAACAAGAGGCCUCUGCUGCAUCCCCUGGGGACCAUGGCUUCCGAGUCCGAAAAGAGCUAUGAAGGCUCUUCUCAGCGGAGCAGCCUGCUGGAGCCGCAGAGCAGCCUGCUGGAGCCACGGAGCAGCCUGCUGGAGCCGCGGAACAGCCUGCUGGAGCCACGGAGCAGCCUGCUGGAGCCGCGGAACAGCCUGCUGGAUCAGCUGUCAGAAAGCUCUGAGAGGAGCAGCUUGCUAGAUCUGCCAGCCCAGCCAGGAAAGAGAAAUCCCAAAGCUUUCGUCCGACCCUUGUCUGCCAGGAUCAACGCUCAGUGGACGGCCACCUUCUACGAGAGUGUGCAGCAGAGGGCUCUGCAUUUGCAGGAGGCGAGGGUGCAGAAGCUUCACCGGGACAAGGUGCAUGAGAAAAAGGUGGAGGAGAAAGAGCCCCCCGACCAGCUGUGCAAGGAAUGGUUCAACGACGAGUCUGUGACUCUGGAAACCCGGACAUAUUUGCUGGAUAAGCUCCUCCCCACACUCGUCCCUGGCGUGGAGAAACUGCUCAAGGUGGCGGAACGGAAGAAGGCCCUGGAAGCAGCGGAGUUUGAACCCCUCAGAUUUGACCCCCUGAAUUUCCUGGGAGAGUACCUGAUGAGGAACAAUCCUGCCUACGCCCUUUCUGCAAUGCCGAAUCCCUAUAUGAGAGGGAUGAAGGCCGUCACGGAUGAGCUGAAAGCUCAGGUGCCGGAGACGACGAUGCACAAGCUAGCCCAGAUGAAGACCUUGGUGAAAGAAAAGCGCCAGCAAAGGGAGGAAGUGAAAAAUAUCAAGAGCCAAGUGACCGACAUGCGCAAGGAGGCGCUGGGCGUGCAGUUCAGCGAGUGGACCCUGGAUGCCAGUGGACAGAUCCCCCUUGCUCUGGUCCAAAGUGCGCUGAGGUCCUUCCUGGAGGUUGUCACUGCAGCACCAGCUGAUGAGACAGAAAUCUACGCCAGGUCUCUGGAAGCCGUAGGAACCUUGGAAGUGAAACUGAACGAAGAGCAGUUCCAAGAGUAUGUUCUUUCUUACACCAAGACCUUCACCAGCGACAGGUUCCAGGAGCUGCUGAAGCACUUCCUGCAGUGCGCCAAUGACACGCGGGACCUGAUCAGGCACGACAUUUGGAGGCAGAUGUUUGUCCAGCUCUUCCUGGACUGCGACCACGGAAAGAUCGGGCUCUUGGACAGACAGAGGAUCUUAAUGUUGCUGGAGACUUUCUACGACAGUUGUUCAGAGCUCAUCCAGAAAGGAUUCUGCAAUCCAAGGAAAUGGCCUGUCGCUGAACUGGAAGAGAUCGCUCUUGCUGAGUUUUGGGGAGACAUGGAAGACGAGGAGACUUCCGAGAGACGCAGCGUCCACGCAUCGUCUGUACUCGGGCUCUCAGAGGAGGCCUUAGUCCUCAACGUGAUCCUGAAAGAAAUUCUGUCCGAUACAUGGCAGGCGACUCCCGGCACGAGCAGCAUCCCACCCCAGCCGCCAGCCGCCAGCCAAGAGGAAGCUGCGAGUGGAAGUGUUUCUGCCGCCGCCGCCGCCACCGCCUCGAGAGAUCGGAUGGGGACGUCCGCGGCGUCCCUGAAACCCAGUCAGCCUGGGCUUCCAGUGGAGCAAGGGCCAGCUGUGGAGACUGGGGCCCCCGCCGCAGAAGAAAUGGUUCUGUCCGCCACGGAGGUAGCCAUUCCCCAGGCUCAACCCUCAGGCUCCGAUCUGGCGGCGGACGGGACGGCAGCGCCAGAAAGCCCCGAAAUAGACUCCCCCUCCCAACUUGCAGCGAUCGUCGGGGACGUCCUGGAGGAAAAGGAGCUGAGUCCUGAGCAGCAGGUGGCUGCAAAGGCAAGUCUAGCUGAGCCAGCGUCUGGCCUGGGAGAGGAGGCUGCUGCCCCCGAGCAGAAGACGGAGGCGGAAGAACCAGCGGUCCAGGAGGAAGCCGAGGCGGGCAGGCCAGAGCAGCCGCGUCCGAGCACAGAGGCUCACCACGCAACAGCACAAGCAAGCCUCCUGUCGCCGCCUGCACAGAAAGCCAGCGAGAUCUGCGAAAGGCCACCUCAGCUGAUCUACGGGAAGCCCUGGUCAGGUGACCUCCCAACGGCUGACCUGACCCUCGAGUACAGCGACUACGGCAAGGAGGUCCGAGAGGACUGGAACCACGAAAACUCCCGGUUCCCAGACCUGCGCAUGAACAUGAUAGAAAUCCAGGCCCGGGGCCCGCCUUCCCGUACCAGUGCCUUCGACAAGAGCUCCCUUAACCUGCCACAGUUCGUGCAGCUCAUGGAGACGUUUGUUGGCGACGAUGUUUCUAUGCCGAGCCUAGAGAAGCUGGUGGCGUUUGUGAAGGAGAACUACAUGCAGACGGAGGAGGAGAAGAUCAGCCAGCUGGAGACAGUCCAUCACAAUUCUUUCCUGGUCCGCCAGCAGCUCCUCUUGGCAGCGCUCUUUGAGAAGUGGGAUAACGAAUGCUCCGGGUUCCUUGACAUGGAGGAGGUGGAUGCCAUCCUGAGUACCUUUAAGGAGGGGAUGGAGGAAGAAGCCUUGAAUAAAGCCAAGCUGCAACUGCCCAUCCCCCUGUGGCACCCCAGCGGAGUGGUCAAGCUGACCCUGAGAGAAUUCCAAGCCUACAUCGAGCUGGUGGUCUCGGAGCUCACGGGCAACGAAGACGAAGUCCUGGACAACGUGGUGGAGUUCCUCAUGAUGACGGUGGAGCAGACCCACACGGAGCGGCUGCGCGGCUCGGCCCGGCGGAAGUGGCUGCACGGGAUCCAGCAGGCCGCCAGGACCAGCGGGGGGUGCCUGGAGCCCGUCUACCAGGCCGUCUUCAGAACCCUUUGCCGGGACGCAGAUGCCCACGGAGACGGGAAGCGGAUUUGUGCCUACAUCGCCCUUUUGGAAUUCAACCUCCUCUUCCCGGAACGGGGAGACAUUCUCCUUCGCUAUGUGGCCUGCACGGAGUACGAUGCCCCCCAUGUCCUGAACCAGAUCCUGUACAUGGAUAUGAAAGGAGUCAGCUUUGCAGCCGUGCUAGACGACAAGCCGAUCCACAUCCCCAGAGUCCAGCUUCAUGGCAACAUCCAUUUCUGGAACCCCGAGGCAGAGAAAAGGGGCUCUUUCCUGGUGGUCCCGCUUGAGGACAUCCGAAGAAGAGUCUUUGGCAUCCUGGGCCUGGACACCCUCCGCGACCACAGCAAGAAAACCAUCUUUGUGCCUCACGAAAUCCGUUUCUAUCAGGGGGUUUCCAACACGUUCAGCAUAGCCUACCACCACGUCCGGACCCAGGAGACGAUCAUGCAGGUGAUCCUCACAGCUAUAGGAUGGGUGUCCACUCGGGUCCCGAGUCUCCGUGCCAUCACGGCCUACUUUAUGGAGCCUGGUGAAGACAGGAUGCAUGACUACACCUUGCGCAAGGUCAUGACGUCCGAUCUGAAAGGGCAGGCGGACAUCCACGUGCCUCCCGGUCCGGUGUUCAGCAGGAAAGAGAACGUCUUCAGAGAUUACUUGUUCAAGUGCAUCGACUGUGCCGAGGUGGUGGCUGCCUGGGUGUAUGAAGAGCACCACGUUGCCAUUCCCCUGAGGGAUGUCGCGGGCCAGGCCAUCGCGGUGUUUGACCUCAGCCUCGGAGACCGCCAGAAGCUGCCAUCUUGUGAGCACAAGGACCUGCAGAAGAUGCUGAAGAUGGUUCAGGCCGCCACUUGCGAGAUCCUGAAAGAGGAUUCGGGAGACCUGGACCCCUACUACGUCCUGGAGGCGGAGUAUGUCGGGGACUGGCGGCGUGGAGGGGUCCUCUUCUACCGGUUCAUGCUGCAGGACCUGCAGAACUGUAUCUGCAGCCUUGACCCCUGGUUCUCCUUUGGCGAAAUCCGGUGCUUCCAACACCCCCCGAUCCUGGUGCAUAGCAUCCUGAAGGCCGUGCUGCUGAUCUUGUACCCGCAGUGGGCUGGUACGGAGGAGAUUGAGAACUGGAAUUACUGCAUUCAGAAACUUGAUGGAGACCUGAUUGAAAACAUUUGCUACUUUGACCCAACUGCUGCGUAUGUGCAGACUCAACCAGAAGUUCUGUACAGAUGCCUCCGAGGUGCACAGAGAAGAGAUGUGUGGAAAUUUGGCUCGGCUCCCAUGGAAUACCUUUACAACUGGACGCUCACCUGUCUAGCCUUAAUAGAGCUUGCCAAGAAACUUCAGCAUAGCCAGGGUAUGAAAGCCUUGUCCUCUUCCCUUCUGCAGUCCAGCUUGCCUCCACUGGUCCGGUCCUCGGAUAUUUUAGCAAACACGAAACGAAGCCUCUCUCUUCCUUAGUGGUGGUCAAUAUCUACAGCAAAGCGAGUUACGUUUUAUGUAUUCUUUCGUUAUCCAUAGCUGCUGUUUGUGUACAUGUGCAUGUGGGGUUUUUAAAAAUUUUUUUAAGUUGAAAUGACACUUCUUGUUCAAGCUGGGAGGUGUCUUCUAAAAUGCUCAAGGAAGAUGUUUUGAUGCAAAAGGAGGAAUACAGAAGCCUGGUCCACACAGCCGUUCAAACCUGGUUUUGAUGUGGGGGACCGUCAUUAGUACGAUUGUGUGAACCCAAGCCAAGGUGGGAAUCUCCAGUUCAUCUUGGGCCAUAAACCACCUUGGCGUGGGUUCACAGGCGAUCACACUAAUGAUGGUAACCCACAUCAAAAUCAGAUUUGAAUGGCUGUGCGGACCAGGCCAGUGUCUUUACGGGAACAUUUGGAUUGCUCCCGAUUUCCAUCUGAAUCUGUCAAGAGAAAGGAGGGGAUUCGAAGAGACUUGUGCCUGGAUGGAGCGUAUACGGUUCAAACGUGAUACAAAAGAACAGCUCGGAGAAGCACUUCAGAAUUAAGCAACCUCUUUGACAAAGCUUCUCCUCCUGAAGUGGCUUUGGAGAAGUCAUUAGCAGCUUGACAUGACGGAGGCAUUUCAGCCCCUCCCAAGAGGAAGAGCGCCCACACGCCCAUUGGAAGGCAACAAAGGACAUUCCUAUUGGGCAGUCCUUGAGAUGACAACUAGCUUCAGUGUCCUGGUGCAAGAUUCCAUCUCUGCAAUAAUUUAUCUCUGAGCAGCAUCUCUUUUUAAUAAAAUUUGGGGAAAUUAAAACUUUUCCCCGUUCUUGAGCUGACAAAAAACAA